CGAAGCCCCCUAGUGGAGGCCGCUUCUGCAGCCAGGCCCCGUUUCCUUUAAUUCAAUAUUUCCCAAACUUGCUUGUUCACGAGAAUCACGUGGGGAGCGUGUUAAAAUUACAGAUUCCUCGGCUCCACCCGCAGGCCUACUGAAUCAGAAUGUCGAAGGAAGGUACUCCGGAACCUGUAUCUCUAACUAGGGCCCCAGAGGCUGCUUAUGAUCAGGCAAGUUUGGGAAACACAGCUCUAAUUCAUUGAGACUGGCGGGAAGGGGGGCGGGGACCGCGCAGUCUCUUUAAGGAGCUUCCAGCUCUCGGCUCCAAUCGCUGCUCUGACCCCCUUCAUCGUCUCCUCCCCUCUCCUCGUCUUUCCCCGGUCUAUGCAAGCUUCCCCCAGCCACCGCGGGGCCAGGCGCCGAGCAAAUGCCAAGUCCAGAAAUGUUUCUGAGGCCGUGAAAUGUCCCCUCUGAGGGGGGUCCUGAGGAGCGCAGGCAGAAGCCGUGACAGCCCAUCAUUUCGGCAGCCGAGCCUGCCUCCAGCCCGGUCCCAGUCUCCCCUCCCACCCCAGUCCCAGUCUCCCCUCCCACCCCAGGUCUUGCCCUUCCCGAAAAGGAUGAAGCUCCAGCUGCAGUUCUGGGGAGGCCUGGACCCCAGCUCCGGAGGGUCCGGGCUCCCAAUACCGCUGGUCGCGGAGAGGCACUUCCCUGGCCCAUCUUAUCAGCGCUCUGCAGAGUCUGGGCCUGAUCCUUGCUUCCUCCUGGGCUCCCAAGGCCAUGGGUGGGUUGAUGGCUUGACAGCCGGCCUCCUGGCCCAGUGGAUGCUAAGCAGCCCGGGGGCACAAUCCAGCUUUUCUCUCCAAGUCCAGCUGGAGGGACAACACACGACAAGGCCAUCCCUACAGCUGGCACCUCCCCUACAGCUGAGAGGGGGCCUAAACUACAGGACACAAUCCCAAGACCCUUAGGUCCUGGCAGCAUCACUGGGUGGGCAGCAGGUGGAAGUGGAAGGAAGCUUGUGGAGCUGCCAGCAGGGAUAGGGGGUCGGGCAUGGGGCUGAGUGACCUCUGGGAACUCCUGUGCCAAGGGGCUGCUUGCACUGGGCAUCAGCACCCCAAAGCCCACGAGGAGUGUGCCUAGAGCAAGUGACUCAGAUCUUGGGCAUGGCUUGGGGGUGUCAGGCUGUAGCUGCUAGUCCCAGAGAGUGCAGCCCAUGGCAGGCAUCAGGACAUAGAUAGGAAGAGAGAGAGUAUUCUAGGAAGAAUCCAGUCCCCGAGUCCUGGUGGUGGCUGGCCAUGGCCUAGUGCACGCUGUCUGGCUUGUGCAGCCGUGCUGCCUGACUACACCUUAUAGCAACAUUCUCCUUGCUCGACACUGGACACCAAACCUCCACCUAGCCCCUUCUUCCAGGAAGGGGACCGGGAGGCCUCCUAGGAUUAGCAGCAGAAGUUGGUCCUCAGGAAUCAGGAGCCCUUGAAAGGAUGAUGCCUGGUUCCCAUACAGCAGAGGGUCGCCCUGGGCCCUGCCCUUCCUGAGUCAGCUCUUGUUUCAAUUCCUUGAAGCACCCUAGAAUCCUUUCAAUAAAUGCCUGCCCUUUGUGGCCUGCAACCAGAGGAACUGCAACUAGCACACUCACUGAAGAAAUCCUCCUCCUCCUGCUGCUGCUGCUGCUGCUGCUGCUAAAAACAACCAAGGUCAUGGAAGAGGGGGUGGAGGAUACUCUCAUCCCACCUCCAGAUUGACAACAAAAAGUUCUAAAAACCUCUGUGUACCUGGGACUGUCUACCAUUGAAGAUUAGCCAUGGUAACUUGUUGACUUAGUGAUGAACUUCCUGCAGAAGCCCAUAGGUCCACCUGGACUCUGCCCAGGCCAGCGUGUUCUGAAAAUGGAGGGCUCUGUCACCAUUCACUCAACAAAUGUUUAUUCUGCACUGACCAAGGGCCAGAUGUACUAAGAGCUGUGGACACAGCACUCCAACUUACCCCAGGCUACUGAAAUCAGGGAUGGCUUCUGCAGAAGACACACUAAGGAAAGUCCAUGUCACUAGCAGAGAAGAGGCACCAAAACAAAAAAUCAAAAACAAAAAAAUACUAGAAACAGUUUGACAUUUGAUUUUUUUUAAAGUAGUCCUCAUGGGAAAAAUCAGAACUUUGUUGUACUUCCUUACAUUCGUUUCCUGAUUACAUGAUGCCUUUGUUUUGAAUUACGUGUGGAGGUGUCACCAAAAUCUUUAGAUUCUUUGUGCUUAUGUGGAUCUGGACCCAACCCCGGGUAAAUGUUACCAUUUCUGCCUCACAAAAAGAUCUGACAGAAUGCAGACCGUAGAGGCUAUCCUUAGGAGAGACAGCUCCUCUUCGAACCUCGGUGAUAAAUCCAACUCUGACCACAAGGUGGCAAAACAGUAAAUGACAAUUCCUCAUAUAUUUUUUGUAUGUUUAUAUAAAACUAUUGGUUUAUAUAAAAUACUCGCUGAAAAUAUUUAGAAAAACGUGUGCUCCUUCACACAUUUUUGGGUUGUCUGACAUUUUGCAUCAUAAAUGUCAAUUGGCUAUAAAUAAUGUAAUUUGUGACAAAUGUUAAUAUUCAAAAAUAAAACUGUUAUGUCACUAUGUUCACAUGAAUCUGGUGAAACCUAAAUACCUUAGUGAUUUGAGAGCCACCAUCAUGUGUUUUAAAAAUUUAUAACUGAGCUCUUUUUUGAUAGUUGGAAGUUGUACAUUUUUCCUUUUCUCAGUUCUUAAUUCAAUUCUAUUUUUCCAACAGAAUUUUGUCUCAAUAAUUGUCUAUUUUUGCACUUGAAA